UCUAAUUUUUUUUAUCACAAUGGCUUCAAUCUCUCCUAUAUCCUUCGUGAGUGCAAUCAAUAAUGUCUCUUCCAACUCAUCCAAUUCCCCUUCUUCCUUGCAUCAUCCCUUUUCACAAAUUCAAUCCGCUAAAUAUCGAAAACCAAAACGCCAUCAUCAUAUUCCUAGAGUGACAUGCAGUGACAACCAAAAACCAAACACAUCUGGAGAACUAGUACUCCCACAUAGGAGGAACAUUCUACUUGGCCUAGGAGGGCUUUGUGGUGCUGCUGCUACUCUUAACAACAUCCCUUUUGCCAAUGCUGCCCCAAUACUUGGUCCAGACCUAACCACAUGUGUUCAAGCAGAACUACCCGAAGGUGUAGAACCCACCAAUUGUUGUCCCCCAAUUUCCACAAACAUCAUAGAUUUCAAGUUCCCUCCCUCCAACCAACCCUUGCGUGUACGAUCCGCUGCUCAUCUGGUCAACAAAGACUAUCUAGCUAAAUACGAGAAAGCCGUUAACCUGAUGAAAAAUCUCCCGUCAGAUGAUCCACGUAGUUUCGCGCAACAAGCCAAAGUUCAUUGUGCUUAUUGCGACGGUGGAUAUCACCAACUAGGCUUCCCUGACCUUGAUCUCGAAGUGCACUUCUCUUGGCUCUUCUUUCCUUACCACAGAUGGUAUCUCUAUUUCCAUGAAAGGAUAUUGGCGAGCUUGAUCAAUGAUCCAACCUUUGCUCUUCCAUUUUGGAACUGGGAUGCUCCUGGGGGCAUGCAGCUUCCUUCCAUGUACGCAGAUCCCAAAUCACCCCUUUAUGAUUCUCUACGCAAUGCCAACCAUCAACCACCAACACUUGUAAACCUUGACUUUACUAUCGAGGAUCCUAAUGCAGAGGCAAAUAUCUCCACCAACCUCACCACAAUGUAUAGGCAGCUUGUGUCUAACGCAAAGACUCCAACAUUGUUCUUCGGAAAUCCUUAUCGUGCUGGGGAUCAGCCUAACCCUGGUGGUGGCUCCGUAGAGAGCACUCCACAUGGUCCUGUUCAUGCAUGGACCGGUGAUAUCAACCACCCUACAAUGGAGGACAUGGGGAAUUUAUAUGCUGCUGCAAGAGACCCCAUUUUCUAUUGCCACCAUUCCAAUGUUGAUAGGAUGUGGUCCAUAUGGAAAACACUUGGUGGGAAAAGAAGGGAUUUAACAGACCCGGAUUGGUUAGAAUCCGCGUUUCUCUUCUACGAUGAGAAUAAGAACCUUGUGCGUGUGAAGACUAAGGAUUGUCUUGACACGAGAAAGUUAGGGUAUGUUUACCAAGAUGUUGACAUUCCAUGGUUAAAAUCUAAGCCUACGCCAUUAAGGUCAAGGGCUCAAAAGGUAGAACUGACACCACUUUUUGGUGGUGUUGCUGCAGCACAUGCUGCUGAGACUUCAAGGAAUGUGAAGUUCCCAUUGGUGUUGGAUUCAGUUGUGAGUACAGUGGUGAAGAGGCCAAAGAAGUCUAGGAGCAAAAAGGAGAAGGAAGAGAAGGAGGAGAUUCUGGUGGUUGAAGGGAUUGAGUUUGAGAGCAGCACAGGUGUGAAGUUUGAUGUGUUUAUUAAUGAUGAAGAUGAUAAGUUGGUCAAGCCAGAUAAUACGGAGUUUGCAGGAAGCUUUGUGAGUGUGCCUCAUUCGCAUGAGCAUCACAAAAACAACAAGAAGAUUGUUACUUGUUUGAGGUUGGGACUAACGGAUUUGUUGGAAGAAUUGGGAGCAGAAGAUGAUGAUAGUGUUCUAGUAACAUUGGUUCCCAAGUAUGGGAAAGGGCGAGUUAACAUCAGAGGCAUCAAGAUAGAUUUUGUUUCAGAUUGAAAUUAAAUUGUUUAUAUACUUCAAAUGUGUGUUUGUGCUGUAGGUAGUAAUGCACACAUGGUUCCUUGAAGAAUUUCAAAUGACGCAGGUCACUCAGACGGAGAUAUAUAUAGUGUAUUUCCUAUAAUAUAAGUUUGAGACAUGUAUUAGAAUAAUAUAGCAUAUCCUUAUUAUCCUAUGUUCACUUACUGUGAAAUAAAAUAAUAUUGUUGUGAUAUAAAAACACAAGAAAAAUAUUUUAAUGUGUUA